AUGCACAACAUUGUUAUUUUCGGAGGUUCUUCACACCCAGACUUAGCGGGCCAAAUUGCUUCACGCUUGGGGUUACCACUUGGGAACGUAAUUCUUACAAAAUUUUCUAAUAAAGAGACCAACGUAGAAAUCCGUGAAAGUGUUAGAGAACAAGAUGUUUACAUUGUCCAAUCGGGUUGUGGUCACGUCAAUGAUAAUUUCAUGGAGCUUCUAAUCAUGAUUUCAGCGUGCAAAAUUGCAUCAGCCGCAAAAGUUACUGCUGUAAUACCUUGUUUUCCAUAUGCAAGACAACCUGACGCACCUUUUAAAAAAGACGGUACACCUUUAUCACGGCUUCCUAGGGAUGCCUUUAGGGGUUAUAACUUUGGUACACCUUAUAGUUCUACAACAGUAACUCCUAGUUCAGAAAUAAUAGAUCCGUUAGAUAAGCCCGAAGAACAAAAUUCUGUUGCAAAUUGCAGUAUAAAUUCAGUUACAAAUUCAGUUACAAAUUACGCCACAUUUCGUAGCGUUGGGGGUUAUAAACAUUGGAUUGCUCGUUCAGGGACGUUAAUUGCCAAUCUUCUAAUGUGUGCAGGUGCUGACCAUAUAAUGACAAUGGAUCUUCACGAUCCUCAAUUCCAAGGUUUUUUUGACAUUCCCGUAGAUAAUCUUUACGGACAGCCUUUAAUGAUCAAAUGUAUAAAAGAAAAUAUUCCAAGUUGGGAAGAGGCUGUAAUUGUUUCUCCAGAUGCUGGUGGUGCCAAAAGAGCUACAGCAAUCGCAGAGAGACUUCGAAUGGAAUUUGCUCUUAUUCAUAAAGAACGUCGAUCUCAAAAUAAACCUCAUAAGGCUGAUAUGAUGCUUGUUGGUGAUGUUAACAAUAAAAUCUGUGUUCUCGUAGAUGACAUUGCAGAUACUUCUUAUACAAUUACCAAGGCUGCCAAGAUUCUUUAUGAAAAUGGUGCUAAAAAAAUUUAUGCAAUUAUUACACAUGCAAUCAUGAGCGGCGAUGCCAUUCAACGAAUUCAAGAAAGCAAUAUCGAUCAAAUUUUUGUGGGUGACAGUGUACCACAAGAUGAACAUUUGGCUCAGUGUUAUAAAAUGAGUGUGUUCAAUGUCGCUCCUUUGUUUGCUGAAGCUAUUAGAAGAACACACAAUGGUGAAAGUGUUAGUGCGUUGUUUGAAGUAAUGGAUUGA